UUGAAAAUUUCAUUCAACGAAAACAAUCAAGUGAUACGACAAUGAUCAAAAUGACCAAACGUAAUAAUAAUUGUUGUAGCUGUAUAUCACCAAUAUCAUUGGCAAUUAUAUUUUUAAUCAUCAAUGUUUGGCAACAAAAUCAUUUGUUGAUUGAUGCACAAUCAUCAUUAAAAAUUAAUGAUAUAAAAAUCGAAGAUGAUUAUGUACAAGCAGCAGCAGCUGCAGCUGCACAUCAUCGAAAUUCAAAUUCAUUUCGUUCAAAAUUUCCAAUUUUUAAUGUUAGCGGUUUAUUAUCCGUUUAUUCAAUCGAAGGUAUCGAUGGCCAUUAUUGUAAUCGUACAUAUCGUAUGUAUUUGAAUCAAUUAUUUUUAGAUUCCUGUGUGGAAUCAAUGCGUUUAUUAUGUGGUGGUGGUGGUGGUGGCAAUAGUGUUGGACGUCGUAAACGUAAUAUAUCACCAUUUUUAUCCGAAUUAUAUUAUCCAACAAAACAAUCAUCACUUGAUAUGGAUGAAUUAUCAUCAAUCAAUAUGGAAAAUGUUGAUGAUACAGAUGUGCGACAACAACAGCAACAACAACAACAUGCUGAACAAAUAUUGGAUCUAAUUCGACGAACAUCAGCUGCUGCUGCUGCUUCAAAAUCAUCAUCAUCAUCAUCCUCGAAUCCAUCAUUCGAAACAUCAAUGAUACGUAAACGUCGUAAUCAUUAUCAUCAUAAUAAUCAUCAUUUUAAUCAACAAUAUUCAAUGAUUGCUAUUGAAUCACAAAAUAUAAUGGAAAAUUGUUGUAAUGAUUUGGAAAAAUAUGAUUGUCGUGAAAAUGUUUUGCGAGAAAAAUUUCAGAAAAUCUGUGCACCAAAUCUAGUGACAACUGUUGAAGUUUUUCGUUCAUAAACGAACACACACACAAACAUAUCUUUGAUCUUUGAACAUCAACAUCAUUAUCGACUAGAUGAUCCCACUUCCACUUCCCUCUUUUCUAUCCACUCGCUUCGAAUUUAGUAGCUAAAUUUCAAUUUCACAAAAAUGAAAUUAUCAUCUCAAAAUUCAAAAAACAAACAAACAAACAUUAAUUUCGUAUUUCACAACAACAAAUUAGAUUUAAUUAUUUUUUUAAGAUUUAAAAAAUCAAUCAAUUAACAAUCUCAAUUAACAUAAUUAACGAAUGAAUA